AUGCCGGUCAGCGCGGAGAUCGCGGCCGGCAAGGCCCGCAGCGCCGCGCUGUUCGCGAGGGAGACCGCGCUGCUCGAGGCGGGGUCCAACGUGAAGGAGGGCGCGGCCCGCACGGCGUUGCUGUCUGCAGGCUACGUGCUUAUGGAGGGCGGCGUGCCCAUCAAGGACCCCGCCAGCGGUCGGAUCAUCGGCGCUGUCGGGGUGUCCGGCGUCAAGCCCGACGAGGACGCCGCGGUCGCCAAGGCCGCCGUCGCAGCGCUGGCGGCGCCGCCGUCCAGCCUGUGA